ACUGGCUCAUGUGAUGUAAAACAGUGGCUUUCUCAGGAGGAAGCCAACUUGUUUCCAAAAGACUAUCUGCUUAUGCAACAAGGCAAAAUAGCACUUCUUGGGGGGCACACAACUCCAGCCAGCACAUGAGACACUGGACUAGAGUAAGGCUUGCAGAAGUCGAGUCCACAGUACAUUGACCAUAGACAGUUACACGUUCUUAUUGGUGUCCCAAUUGGAUGGUAGGAUUCGACUGAAAACUACCAAUCAGAUAUACGUAGCAGCAGCAGCAAGGACCUGUCACCGGAGUGAGCGACCUGCCGCCGCAGUAACCUACAGUGUUUUUGUAUCUACAACUGAAGAUGGCGACCCCAGUAAUCCGCAUAGUCAAGCCAGAUGCCCCUGCAAUUCGUCGACAGGCCGUACUGAUGGCGACCAAAGAGGCAGUUACUAUCGGGAGAAAAGGAUGGUCUUCCCCAAACCCCCACAGGAGCUGCUCAACCCAGCCACUGCCCUGGCCCACGCAGAGAAGCUCCUUUAAGCAGAGGGUAUCCCGCACUGUCACGUCACCUGUGCCUGGGAAAGCUGGUGGUGCCAUUUCGUCAGUAUAAGAAUGCACUAUUCCACUUGCUUGUGGCAAACGAUGUGGGCUACAUGAAGUACUAAGCAUAUUAUAUUCAAUACCUGUUACGGACAGAGAGGCAGGAGACACCGAUAUGGAAUCAGAUGUUGUUUUGAGACUACAGCAGAGUCAACACAGUUUGCAGCCUGGCUUGCAGCUACCAGUUCAGCAUCAUCGCCUGGCCAUGAUGAAGGACCACACUUGGAGGUGCUUGCCUGCGAUUGCUGGACAACAAAUGGGUUACAGAUGCCACAGGUCUGCUGUGGAUCUACAUGUCUUCUCUGUGGGCCAGAAAAUCAUUGCAUACCUACCAGACUGCCAAAUCUUCUUUGGACUUCAUCCUCUGAUCCACGAGACGUUUGAACCUGCCAUCAUGGAGAGCCUCAGUGAGCUCCAGAACCCCCUAUUAGACAAAACCAGCAGACACGUGGUGCACAACGAUUACCAGGGUUACCAGUGUGACUACCCGAGCCAGCCUUACCAGGACAACCUCAUUGGCUACUACUACACUGAGACUAAUGGCAAGCAUAAGACUCAACAGUUCCUGGAUGCCACAUCCCUGCAUCUAGCUGUGGAGGCCUUCUACAGGCCCAACUUUAUCCUGUACAAGGACGACGUGAGUCUUCACAGCAAGGACUCCAAGAGCGAGAGCUUUGAGACCACUUUCACAGAGAGUAAGGACACUGUGUUGGAUGGCGUUUCCACAGAAAACCCUCUGGACAGCAUACAGGGAGAGAAGGAUGUGAAGAUCCAAACAGUGUCGUACGAGGUAGAGGAGGAGCAGGGUCCUGAGUAUGAGAGUGACAGUUCCAGUGAGAGUGAGAGUGAGGACAACUUCAUCGUGCUGCCCCCUCGGGACUACCUGGGCCUAGCCAUCUUCUCCAUGCUCUGCUGCUUCUGGCCCUUGGGCAUUGUUGCAUUUUACUACUCUCACAAGACUGGCAAGGCCAUCGCUAAGGGAGACUUCUCCAGAGCAGGAAUGAGCUCCAGAAGAGCCCUAUUCCUGGUGGCUCUUUCCAUCACCAUUGGAACAGGGAUGUAUGUGGGGGUGGUUGUGGCCCUCAUAGCCUACCUGUCCAAGCCAGGACACGUAUAGCACUUGGACUGGUUUGCUUGGGGGGAAAUAGAGAAAAAAAGGAGGCAAGUUGGGAGGAAAGGAAAAGACUAGUUGAACAGAUCUCUUCACCUCUCCUGAAGAUGUGUGCCUGUGUUGCUGCCUGGCUGUCUGCAAAGCUAUAUGAAGAGAAAAGACUAAACCAAAAAGAGAGAGAAAACAAGACAAAACAAGAUGUGUGGAUGGAGUAUUACUUGGACUGCAUAUUGAUCUGGACUGAAUCUUUAUUUCUGGGAUGCAACACUCCCACCAAGGUAUUGCACCACCACCACAAGAAAAAGAAAAGACAGCGCUGAGAAGGAUGACUACUCUUCGACAAAGACUGUUGUACUUAUAUGUUAGACAGAAACUGAGUUCAUAGCAGUAAAGAACUACCUACCUUUUACCACAUUAGUCGUUUUAUUUUACCUUUAUAGUAGAUGUAUUCUCUGUCAAUACUAUUGCAGAUUGUGUAUUGUCCACUUUGGAAAUGAAUUUCUUGGAAAAACAGUCAGAAGCCAGUGGGUUUUUAUGUGACUGUUUAUUCAAGGAAUAUACUGGAAAUUAAUCCAUCUGUAAACAGAGACAUGUGGACCUUUAAUUGAAAGAGAACAAAGGUGAUUGUCACAGUGUACACAAAGUUGCUGAGCAGUGGUCAAGAGGGGUAUUUGUGUUUAUUGUGUACUGUAAAUUUAGUCAAUAAAUACAUUUGGCAUGAAUAAUCAAAUAUCCUCUGCCAUGGCUCUCAUCCUCUUAUUCACUGUCUCUUUGAGAGUAGUGUCUUGGUGCAGUGAUUCCCAGCUAGGGGUACUUUUAUCCCAGGGGGUACUUGCAGUUGCCAGGGGGUAUGUGGAAAGCUCAACUAAUUAACUAAACAAAGGAAAUUAAGAUCAGAUUUUCCACAUAUUUGUGUUAAGGAGGAAAAUAAACAGCCAAAUAAUAUUUCAAA